AUUAUUUUUUCCUCUGUUUUCUGUGGCCGACGCGUUUUAAUGGCGGCUUCACAUUCGUAUCUAUCCAAUCUGGCUUCCAAAUUUCCAAUCCCAAUACAGUGUCAGUCCCAGUUCCAUACGCAAACACCCAUGUUAUCUCUGUGCACCUUCGUGUUCCUCGUCACCUUCUCUCUCUUCCUCUUCUCCUUCUCUGUUUUCAAAAAGUUGCAGAAAACAGAGCACAAGCAGCAGACCUACGACGACCUUUUCGAGCUCAAACGUUCAUUGUCCCAAACUCUGGGCAAGGCCCAUCCGGCCCGUGAAAAUAACCCGACCCAUUUCGACAAUCCGCCCCACAAAAUCCUCGUGGAGAUCCUGCCCUCUGAUUCUUCCAAAUGGGCGAGCUUGUUCGUGAACAAUGAGGGUGGCGGCCCGGAUAACGCCGGGUUGGGUUUGGACGGGGAUAAAGUCGGGUCGGAGGGGCAUAAGGGAGCUAAGAAGAAGAAGAGGAGGGCCAAGAAGAAGAAGUUCUCGAAUUUGGAAGAGGAAGAAGAAGAUGGGAGUGAAGAUUUGUGCGGUCAGGGGAAUUCGAGUCCGGGUUUGGGCUCUCGGGUGAAGGAGGAAUUGGUAUGUUUUUACCCGUUUACAUCAUCGAGUAGUGCUACUCAGAGGAAGAUCAAGCAGCAAUACGAUGAGCUCAUGAAGUGCCAUGAGUCCGAGAAAUUGACACUCGCUCAGGUUGGACAGUUUGCUAAUUGCUUGGUGGACGCUAGAAAUGAGCUACAGCACAAAGCUGAUGUCAUUCAACGUAAAUUCACAAUAACAAAAGCUCUCUUAUUCAAGGCAGACAGAUCUUCUUUUGACCGCCUUCAUCAACAGAUGUGCAAGCUAGAGUUAGAACAGAAGAGACUGGAAGAGGAUGCAUCUGUCUACAAUUGGCUCCAACAACAGCUUAAGCUUUCACCAGCAUACAAGAAGAUGUUUGAAAUUAGUACCCACAUCGACUUGAAAGCCAAAUCCAGAGAACAAAUGGAGAGCACAGAUGUGGAAUUUACUGAAAUAUCAUUUGAAGAGUUACUAGCACAAGAAAAGAAGGAUUCAUUCUGGCAGAAAAAUAGGAAAUCAAGAUCAUGCUCUAGCUGAUGGCUGUGUCUUACUGUUGAUUGUCAUCUCUUGCGCUUCAGAAAUGCACUGUAACGGUACCAUCAACUACCCUGUGGUUUUUCGGGUUAAGCUGGCUGGAUGACGAUAUGUUGGCAUCACGAAGUCAUGGAUUUUGACCACCCGAAUGUUGUACAAGAGGAAGCUCGACCGAUUUUACAUUUUUAAGCUCCUGGGAUUUGCCGCAGUUUUGUAAAAGGUAAUUCAAAAUAGAAAGUUUUGGCUGAAUUCUUAUAAACCAAAGUUCAAUACUUCAAGCAUGAGCAAAUGAAAUUGUACGGUUUCUCAGAUAUGUAGAUGUUAGCUUGCUGAGCAAGCAAUUCCACUAUUAUGUCUGAAAACAAUGCAUUACAAUACUGGUUGUGAUGAAAAUAUGCUCAGCGUGUUGAUGUCA